AUGCCGACCCUAGAUGUCAGUGAACUGAACAUUAUCAUCUCUGUACUAGGAGCUUUCACAAUUCUCUAUGGACUUAUCUCAGUCAAGAUAAAGCAAGUAUGGUACUUGGGAGAAGCCCUACCGGCUUUGGUUGUUGGUAUUGUACUGGGACCUCUUGCGGCUAAGUUCAUUGACAUGGAACGAUGGGGAUCUGCUGUCCCAGACCAGGUGUCGGACAUCACUUUGGUCAUUGGUUCUCUCGUCACCUCAACCGAUCCUGUCCUCUCACAAGCAAUUGCGAAGGGACCUUUCGCUGAUAAAUACGUCCCUCGCGCACUGCGAGAAAUCAUAUCUGCCGAAGCUGGUUCCAAUGAUGGCUUCGGUUUCCCAUUUCUGCUGCUUGCUACUUAUCUUAUCAGGCAUGCUCCAGAAGAAGACGUAAACUUCAAGCCUGAAGCCGCUAGAGUCGUUAUGGAAGGCGUUAGCCGACUCAUGACAAGAGCAGGCGAUGUGGGUCGCCUUGGCGGUGGAGCUGGCAAAGCUGUCGAGAUCUGGAUUGUUGAGGGCUGGCUAUACUUCAUCUUCACAGGUGCUGCUGUCGGUGCGGUGAUAGGUGUCAUCAGCAUGUAUGUUGUGAACUACGUCUUGAAGAAGAAGUGGAUUGACAGCGAGAGCUUGCUGCUCUUCCCUACCGCGCUCGGCCUUUUCGUCAUCGGUGUUACUGGGUGCGCCGGUCUCGACGAUCUGCUAGCAUGUUUCUGCGCCGGCGCAGCACUCAACUGGAAUGGCAAAUAUCUUGAGGAAACACUUCAACGACACGACGAGGUCAAUGGCUCUAUUGAUAUUCUGCUCAACUUCGGUGGUUUUAUGUACAUCGGCGCGGUACUACCGUGGGACGAGUUCAACCAGCCCGACGUGACCGGUAUCACCUACGGUCGCCUGCUUGCACUAGGCCUUCUUGUGCUUUUGCUACGCAGAAUCCCAGCUAUGAUGGCCAUGUAUAAGCUUAUGCCCAACACUGUCAAGUCGUGGCAGGAAGCUCUUUUCAUGGGAUACUUCGGCCCGAUUGGUAUUGGUGCUGUCUUCUACGUCGAGCAUGCUUUCCAUCUCUUCCCCAAGCUGGACCAGGCUGAAACGCAUGAGGAGGAAGAUCUCUUGCGUGCCAUGCGCCCUGUGGUCUACUUCUUAGUACUCUUUUCAAUCGUGGUCCACGGACUCUCUAUUCCAGCCCUGGAGAUGAUCUACCGUUGGCAAAAUGUAGAGCCAAUCGUAGAGAUGGAGCCUGUCACCGAGCGCAGAUUUUCCGUGAGCUCCGCACUUCCCAACAACGCGCACGUCGACCACAGGCACGGCAGUGUUGUUCGUCACAACCGUUUCUCGCGUGCUGUUAGCCGAGAUGGCGCUGGACUGAGUUUCGAUGAGAUUGAGCGAAGGUACGCCAAGAGUGAGCAUGAAUCGAAGUCCAGGCCUCCGCCCGAGACACCGACUUGGAGGCUUACUUCAGCUACGGAUGCAACCGAAGACACUUUGAAAGCCGAUGAAUCUGAAUUUCCUCGAGAGAAGACGAGUAUUCAGUUCGUGGAAGAGAAACCAAUGCGGGGAAGACAAAGGAAUGAUGAGCUGGCGGCACGCACCAACAUGGGCUUUCCAGCCCCGAAACGAUUUUAG